UAAGAAUCUGAGUGAACUAAAGUGAACUAGAAGUUCACAAGAUUCCCUUAUCUUUACAUUGAACAAAAAACUUAAAUUUAUCUUUUGUUAAUCAGUGCUAAGAAAGAAUGGUGUUAUAGAAUAGCUGAAUCCCGGGUGGUGUGUAUGUGCUAGUUCCUAAUGAGUGCUCCCAUUAAUGUUGAAACAAAUUCCUCAAGAACGUCAGUUUUCUGGAUAUUAUUUGAAGAGAAUAUUUUCAGUGGAUUGAUUGUACUAAGUAAUUGUUGGAAACCCAACCUUUUUUUAAACUUCAUAGUUUUCAUCUUGCCAAAAAUUUUUUUUCUAGAACAAAUUCUGUACAACAUAAAACAAGAGUAUAAACGCAUGCAGAAGAGAAGACAUUUAGAAACUAGUUUCCAACAGACAGAUCCAUGUUGUACUUCUGAGGCACAACCACAUGCAUUUCUCCUCAGUGGACCAGCUUCACCAGGGACUUCCUCUGCAACAUCCUCACCAUUAAAAAAAGAACAGCCCUUAUUCACUCUACGGCAGGUUGGGAUGAUCUGUGAACGUUUGUUGAAAGAACGUGAAGAGAAAGUUCGAGAAGAGUAUGAAGAAAUACUGAACACAAAACUUGCAGAACAAUAUGAUGCAUUUGUGAAGUUUACGCAUGAUCAAAUAAUGCGACGAUAUGGAGAACAGCCUGCUAGCUAUGUUUCAUGAAUCACGUUUUCUGCAUUUGUGGGCUGCCUUGUUCCUUGUUGAGUUGUUGCAAGAGGUCCUAAUUAUGACAUGCAGCAAUGCCAAUACCCCCCUGUGAAUACAGGUUAUUUCAAGCUUUCGUCAGUGGCAACCACUCUUAGGCAGCAACUGGUUUUGGAAAUUUCCCUGAUGUCAGUACCAUCUGGAUGUGGACCUUUGCUACCUGUAUUAAUGCCAGUGGCCUCAUUUGCUGUAUCAUUACAAUUUGGCUUCUUAUAUUAAUAUGUUUGAAAAGGAUUAAAGCUGGUAUUCUAAGAACAUGCCCUUCACUGGUUGUGUAAAUAAAACUGUAGAAUUGACACUUCA